UGUGAGUGUGUGAGUGUGUGUGUGUGUGUGUGUGCGUGAUGUCUGGAGACAGCAGCACCCUGUGCUGGAGGAGCAUGUCUCCCACCGGCCCAUCAGAUUCCCAGGAUAAGCCCCCCCCGGCAACGGUCGCCAGGGACAGCAUCUUCCCGGUGAAGAUCAUCAAAGUGUGUUUCCUUAGCAACAGCUCCAACCUGGGCAAGAACUUCAAACUGGUCCGCUGUGAGGAAGGAUGGGCGGUCAAGGAUGUGGUGAAGCUGGUGCUGUCCAGCGGCUGCGUGGGUCCCGACAUAACACACGGGCUCUGCUAUUGCCUCCUCCUCAAACACCUGAAGUCCUCGGUGGCCCACUGGCUGCACCCGGACCUGACCGUGUCCGAGCUCACCCGGCGCUACGAGCGGCAGCACCUGGAGGCCGAGUGGAGAUAUGAUCUGAGGAUCAGAUACAUCCCGGCAGACUUCAUGGAGGAAUUCAAAGAUGACAGAACCACACUGCUCUACUUUUACCAGCAGGUACGAAGUGACUACAUGCGGCAGUAUGCCUCAAAAGUCAGCGAUGGGAUGGCUCUACAGCUCGGUUGUCUGGAAAUUAGGAGAUUCUUCAAAGACAUGAAUCCAAACGGACUGGAGAAAAAGUCCAACUUCGAACAAUUAGAGAAGGACGUGGGUCUGGACCUGUUCUUUCCCAGAGAGCUGAUCAACAGCAUGAAGCCCAAACGGCUGCGCCGGCUGGUCCAGCAGACGUUCCAGGGCUACUCCUCUCUGAAGCAGGACCAGUGCAUGGCCCGGUUCUUCAGCACCCUGGCUCAGUGCUACAGCUACACACAGGAGAGCUUCGCCUGCAGGCUGGUGCACGGAUGGAAUCUCACAAUAGACCUGGUCAUCGGGCCCGAAGGCAUCAGUCAGCAAACUGAGAACUCCACGCCCAUCCGUCUGGCCACCUUCUCUCAGGUGCGCAGCAUCUCCUGCAGCGCUGAGGCUGAAGGCCAGGCUCUGCUCACGGUGCACAUCGAGGGAGCCAAACAGCCGCUGUCAGUGAACACCUCCUCCAUGGCCGUGGCGCAAAACAUGGCCGACCUGAUCGACGGCUACUGCCGGCUGGACGGCGCCUCUGAGAGCUCGCUCAUUAUCCGGCCCGGCAAAGGGAGAGAUGCGAGACUGAAACUACCCGACAUCCCACUAAGUGGGGGUGCCAGUAGUCCUGAUAGAGGUCUGAAAGAACAAACCUCAGGUUCGGACAUUUAUGCUGAGAUUCCAGAGGACAAAGACGAAGACUCCGGUGAGAAGCACCGGAUCGCCAGAGACCACGUCGCUGUGGGUCGCAUCCUGGGCGAGGGGUUCUUCGGAGAGGUUCACGCCGGAGUUUAUAAAAGCCCGACUGGAGAGAGGAUCAGCGUGGCCAUCAAAACCUGUAAGGACUUCACGGCUGAAGUCAAGGAGAAGUUCCUGAGUGAAGCUGGCUUGAUGAAGAAUCUGGAUCAUCCCCACAUCGUGCGUCUCAUCGGAGUCAUCGAGGUCGACCCCGUCUGGAUCGUCAUGGAGCUCCUGGACCACGGGGAGCUGGGGAGCUAUCUCGUGCAGGAGAAGUACAUCCUGACCACGGCGACGUUGACGCUGUACUGUCUACAAAUCUGCAACGCCUUGGCGUACCUGGAGGGACUCAGCUUGGUGCACCGAGACAUCGCGGCGAGGAACGUCCUGGUGGCGUCUCGGCAAUGCGUCAAGCUCGGCGACUUUGGCCUGUCUCGGUACGUGGACGAACAGGAGUAUUAUCAAGCCUCCGUGAGUCGACUACCGAUCAAGUGGAUGGCCCCCGAGUCCAUCAACUUCAGACGCUUCACCACUGCCAGUGACGUCUGGAUGUUUGGUGUGUGCGCGUGGGAGAUCUUCUCGAUGGCCCAGCAGCCGUUCUUCUGGCUGGAUAACGGGCAGGUGAUCAACCAGCUGGAGUCCGGGGUUCGACUCCCCAAGCCGCAGCGGUGCCCGACCGCCGUCUCCUGCCUGCUCACCCGCUGCUGGGCCUACGAGCCGCACACCCGGCCCAGCUUCAGCCAGCUCGUCUGCUCCCUGAGUGACAUCCACCGGAUGGAGCUGGAGCGGGAUGGGAGGCGGGACCGGUGUCACUCCAUCGCAUCAUCAACCGACUCGAAGCACAUCACAGAGCCUCCGCCCAAGCCGUCCAGAAUACAUGGCAAUACCCUUCCUCGAGUCACGCAAAUACAGGGAACAGACACGGACACCAGGCCAGUGUGGGAGAAAGAGAAAGAGCGAGUGGAGGACACUUUACAAAGACAAAGAAGAGAGAUGCUAAUGGAUAAACAGUGGCUGGAGCAGGAGGAGGCGCAACUGGAUCCUGUUGUGAGAGUGGAUUCACACAUCAAGACUCCUGCAAAAAGGCCAGAAAAUGGUCCUCCAGAAAAGCCCCCAAAACCUCUCCCAGUCACACAGAAGCCUCAGCCCACAGCCGAGCUGGACCGAUCAGGUGACCAGGUUUACGCCGGCGUCAUGGCGAUGGUGAAACAGGUGGUCAAGCUGAAGAAUGACGUCAACACGCAGCCGGCCUCCGAGUACCCCAACGCCGUCAGAGCGGCGGGCAUCACUCUGCGUGGCCUGAUCCAAAGCGUGGACGACAUCCUGCCCUCUCUGCACAGCUCGGUCACCACAGAGAUCGAGGGCACGAAGAAGCUGCUGAACAAGGAUUUAGGGGAGCUGAUCAAUAAGAUGCGCCUGGCCCAGCAGAACUCCGUGACUUCGCUGAAGGAGGAGUGUCAGCGGCAGAUGUUGGCGGCCGCUCACACUCUGGCGCUGGACUCCAAAAGCCUGCUGGACGCUGUGGACCAGGCUCGAGUCAGGGCCGACCGGGCCGGGCCCAGACCCGAGGACUCUGGGUAGAGAAGUGAUCUCGCUGAUGGAAUUUGUAACAGUUUACUUCUUCUUCUUCUGUGGUGUUUUACGGCAGCUUGCAUCCUUUUAGUUGCACUACUGCCAUCUUCCGGUUGCUCGCAAAAAUUGCAUGAAACACCCUCUUCCCACACCACUCGACCCCCACUCCAAUAUACUCCCUAUCUCUCUUCCCUUCAUCCCUAGUCUCUCCAUUUCUUCCAACAUGACCUUCCUUUCUGACCUGUAUUUAUUGCAUGUGGUAACAACAUGUUGUACCGUUUCUGGUGCCUGGCAGCGCUCACAAAGUCCAGUUGGGUGUUUCCCCAUCACAAAUAAUGUGCUGCAUAAAUAGCUGUGCCCAAUCCUCAAUCUUGCCAUUGUGACUUCUUCCCUCCUAUUUCCUCCCCUGACUUUUACCCCCCUCACUUUACUCUGAAUUGAGUACAAGUGUCUCCCCCUCGUCUCCUUGUCCCAUUGACGUUGCCACACCCUGUUGAUAUUUUCCUUGAUGAUGCCCUUUCCCUCUGCUUUAGAUAACUUAACAUCUACUUGUACUCUGUUUUCCUUUAGUGCUUGUUUGGCGAGCUUGUCCACUUUCUCAUUCCCUCUGAUACCUACAUGAGCCGGCACCCAUAAAAAUACUACUUCAAUGCCUUGCUCCACUGCUCUUGAGUGCAUUGUCAAUAUUGUAAACAGUAGAUCUUGUCGCGUUUUGGACAGACCCGACUUCAGACUGGCGAGUGCCGACAUGGAGUCACUGCACACAAGGACUUUGCCUGGUCUUUGUUUCUCAAUCCACUCUAAUGCCAAGACAAGUGCAUACAAUUCAACUGAAUACACAGCCAGAAAAUCCGAAGUGCGUUUGUAUAUUUCAUAAUGUUUGCUCAGGACUGAAACAGCAGACCCUGUACUGCCUGCAGCUGGAUCUUUAGAUCCAUCAGUGAAGACCUGCACAUGCUCUACGUAUUUUCCAGCUGUGUACUCAUAGAACUCACUCACUAGAUCAGGAUUCUUUUGUUUUACCUUAAUCUGCAGCAACUCCAUGUCGACCUCUGGUUCCUUCAGCAACCACACAGGAGUUAUUGGCCAAAUGACAGUAGGGAUAAGCUCCAUCUCAGAGACUCCUAGGCUUCUUGCUGCUGCUUCUCCUAUCCAGCCAAAACUCAUCUUUGGCACUUUGUGCCUUUCCCAACAUGCCUGCAGUACUUUUUUAGUUGGAUGACUACCCUCAUGACCUCUCAAAUUUAAACAAUAAUUAACCAGCAGUUGCUUUCUGCGAAGACCCAGUGGCAUUUCUCCGGUCUCUACUUGGAUGGCGCACACAGGUGAUGUUCUUACUGCCCCUAUACAGAUUCUCAAGGCCCUGGCCUGGAUAACAUCUAGCUGCUUAAGUGAGGUUUCUGAAGCUGACCCAUAUGCUACACUACCAUAAUCUAAUCUGGAUUUAAUUAAAGCUUUGUACAUGUGCAGUAGAGAUGCAACCUCUGCUCCCCAGUCCAACCCUACCAGACAUCUCAAUACAUUAAUUACUUUUUUACACUUAUCGCUAACGUUUUUAAUGUGGUCCUUCCAUGUUAAUCUGCUGUCAAAGUGUACUCCUAAGAAACGAAACGUCUCUACUAUUUCUAAAUUGCUCCCAUACAGCUUCAGCUGACAGUUUCCCCUGGUUCUCCGUCUUGUAAAUAGCAUUACUUUCGUUUUUUCUGCUGAAAAUCUGAAUCCCCAUUUCUUCCCCCACCUUUCAACUUGUUUUAUCCCUUCUUGCAAUUUUUUAACAAUAUGUUCCAAGUUUCUACCUUUUUUCCAUAGAGCCCCAUCAUCUGCAAAUAGUGACCUUCCCACAUCUGGUGAGACCUUUCCAAAGAUGUCAUUUAUUGCAAUGGAAAAUAAAAUAGGACUUACCACA